UUUCUUUUUCUUCUAUUACAACAAAAACCCUUCGACGGAAGAGAAAACCCUAGAAACGACGGUUCGAAGAUGACGCAGAAGAGCAAUCAGUUCAAGGGCCAACAGAAGAGGAAGACUAUUGCUCCAAAUCGCCAUGGCAAAUCCAUUCAAACUCGCAAAGGGAAGAGAAAUGUAAAACCAUCAAAGAUGACGAAAGAGAUGGACACUGAUCGGGAGCUUACGAAAUUCAUAAACCAUUGCAAUGAAGUGAAAGCAACUAAUGCAGCUUGCAAAGAAGGUGGUCAACUUAAUAUCAUCAAAGCUGAAUCUCAAGCUGAGCCUUCCAAGAAAUCCGCCAAAUAGACAACAAAUCUGUCCCUUUUUU